GUAUAAAUCUCAACUAUGGGAGAAAUUGCACCGGAAAUGGAAAUAUCGCAGUACACAAAGGAUAAGGCAAGUUGUACUAGAAUUUCAAUUGAAUCCUACUACUCAAAGCGUGUCACACAAUGUGCGGAGCGAGAAAAUCGUUUGAAAAAGUUGGAGGAAGACAUAUCUGCCAGAGGACUGAGUGACGAGGAGAAAGAAGAGAAGCGAAAAAUCCACCACUCCAAAGAAACCGACUACCUUCGCCUCAAAAGAACCCGCCUGACUGUAAAUGACUUUGAAAGUCUCAAAGUGAUUGGACGAGGAGCGUUCGGAGAGGUUCGCCUUGUUCAAAAACACGACACUGGACAUAUUUACGCGAUGAAGAUUUUGAGAAAGAGCGAAAUGGUGGAGAAAGAGCAAACUGCUCAUGUUCGCGCUGAAAGAGACAUUUUAUCGGAGGCUGACUGUGAUUGGGUAGUCAAAAUGUACUACUCGUUUCAAGAUUAUUCAAAUUUAUACUUAGUUAUGGAGUUCUUGCCAGGAGGCGACAUGAUGACUCUACUUAUAAAGAAAGACACAUUGACCGAGGAAGCAACUCAAUUCUAUAUUGCUGAGGCUGCACUUGCCAUUCAAUUUAUUCACAGCCUGGGCUUCAUUCAUCGUGACAUUAAACCUGACAAUUUGUUACUCGAUGCGAGAGGACACGUUAAACUAUCAGAUUUUGGCUUGUGCACAGGCUUGAAAAAGUUUCAUCGAACCGAUCAUUAUCGCAACUGGCCAUCCACAUUGCCACCGGAUUUCAUCUCUAAACCUUUCGAAUCAAAAAGAAAAGCGGAGACUUGGAAGAGAAAUCGUCGCGCAUAUGCAUACUCUACGGUCGGAACUCCGGAUUACAUUGCACCAGAAGUUUUCCAACCAAAUGGCUACACAAAAAGCUGUGAUUGGUGGAGUUUGGGUGUUAUUAUGUACGAGAUGCUUAUUGGCUACCCACCAUUCUGCUCUGAGCUUCCACAAGAAACGUAUCGAAAGGUCAUUAACUGGCAGCAGACUUUAGUUUUCCCUUCAGAUGUGCCCAUCAGUAUUGAAGCUAAAGCUACAAUCAAACGAUUCUGUUGCGAAGCUGAACGUCGUCUCGGAAACCACGGGGGACUUGAUGAGAUCAAACAGUGUCCGUUUGUUAAACGAAUCGAUUGGAACCAUAUUAGAGAACGACCACCUCCGAUUCGGGUCACCGUGAAGAGCAUUGACGACACUUCCAACUUUGAUGAUUUUCCCGACGAGGAUCUGACAUGGCCGACAUCAACACUAAUCCGCCCGGAGGAACAACCUGGUCGACGAGGAGAGUUUGUUGAUUUCACUUACAAACGAUUUGACGGAUUGACCCAGAAGAUGCGAUAUAGUGAUUUGAAAAAGUUUCAGCAAGCGAAGAAAAACAAGAAGGGCGGCCAACAAGGUACAUCCGACUGAACAUAUGGAUGUGGUUCUUCCCUAAAAGUGUUAAUAUCUGUUUUAUAAUGGAAAUACUACAUAUGUAAUAUACGGACAAUUUGAUGUCCUUUGUAAAUGCUGCCACUCUCUUUUUUUGGUACAGUGUCUCGUUUUCAUUGAAUUCCAAACCCUUCCAAAUCUACAUAUUUUCAUUAAUCUCUAGUUUUGGGUUUUAACGUGCACUUAGCUUUAUAGUCAUACACACACAAACAUUUUCUUACUCUCUCUCUCCGUAUUUGUAAGUUUUUCCCAGUUUCCAGUCCAUCUGAACUAUAUACUCGCACCAGAAUGUAUCAACAAUAAAUAUAUUUAUG